AUGUCCCAGGAGAAACCCACCCUAACUCUCACCAGCGACGCGCUCGACGCCGAGUCCAAGAAUGUCCCCGUGGUUUCGCGCAAUGUAGACGCUGCCCUGGAGUUCCUACACACCAGAGACACCGGCCUCGUAUCCAAUAUCGAUGAAAAGAAGCUGGUCCGCAAGAUAGACCGGAUGAUUGUGCCGUUGAUGUGGGCUUGCUAUAAUCUGCAGUACCUGGACAAGGUCCUCAUCAACUAUGCGUCGGUGAUGGGUCUGCUGAAAGACGCUCAUAUGCAGACCAACCGGUUCUCCAACCUGACUCUGGCCUUCUAUGUCACCUAUCUCGCUUUUGAGCUCCCGACAGGGUACCUGAUGCAACGCCUGCCGACUGCCAAAUACCUGGGAGUCAAUGGUGACGUCCGUCCCCUUCAUUUCCCCGUAAAUACUGACAUCUCAACAGUGACAAUAUGGGGCCUCAUGACCACCUUGAAUUGCGCAGCAAAGAAUUUUGCCGGGCUGCUUGUCCUUCGUGUCCUUCUCGGAUGCUUUGAGAGUGCCAUCGCACCAGCACUGAUCUUGAUAACCUCCAUGUGGUACAAGAGAAAUGAACAACCGAAACGAAUGGGAAUCUGGUACCUGGGAACGGGCACGGCAUCCAUCAUGGGCGCCCUAGUCGCAUACGGACUCCUAUUCUACACAGGAGACCAAUUUCGAUCAUGGCAAAUCAUGUUCCUAAUCUUCGGACUCAUUACCAUCGCCGUCGGAAUCUGCGUCAUCAUCUUCCUCCCCGACAGCCCGAUGACCUCGCGCCUGAGCCAUGAAGAAAAGAUCCUAGCCAUCGAGCGCGUCCGCGAGAACCAAACGGGGAUUGAAAACAAGCGAUUCAAAAUAAAACAGGUCAAGGAAGUGUUUCAAGACCCGCAAACCUAUCUAAUCAUAAUCAUUGUCACAGCCAUGAACAUCUCCAACGCCGCAAUCAGCAGCUUCUCCUCCCUCAUCAUCAAGAGCUUCGGCUUCACAACCAAACAGACCGAGCUCCUCAACAUCCCCGGCGGUGCUGUCAGCGUCGUCUCCAUCCUAACAGGCAGCUACCUAGCAAGCAGAUUCGACCAACGCUGUCUCAGCGCCAUCUUCAUUCUCUGCUGCGGCCUCCUAGGCGGGUGCCUCAUGGCCUUCUCCCACAAGGACAUGAAAGCCGCUCAACUCGCCGGCAAUUACCUGACCAACUGCGUCGGCGCUACUUUGCCCCUCAUGUACUCCAUGGCCGGCGCCAACGUAGCCGGUCACACCAAAAAGGUGACCAUGAACGCCAUCGUACUGAUGGCGUUCUGUCUAGGCAAUAUCCUCGGCCCGCUUACCUUUCGCACGAAGGACGAACCAAAUUACAUCCCUGCUAAGAUCGCCAUUGUUGCUACCGUCUCCGUGGCGAUUGUAUUCACCGUUCUAUUGAAGGGGUAUUAUAUCUUUGAGAAUCGGAGGCGGGAUCUCAGGGGGGAUGUCGAGGCCGAGCAUCUUCGGGAUUCGGAGUUUUUGGAUCUUACGGAUCGAGAGAAUCGGGAAUUUAGGUACAAACAUUAG